UUGAACAAAAUAAACAUAAAUUAAAUACAAAAAUUUGUCAAUUACUGCGUCCUGCUAUUGAAUUUGAACAAAAGUUUAUUAAUGAAUAUAAACAAAUAACAAAUAGUCCUCGAAUCAUUACCGACUAUUGUCAUAUAUUCAAUUCUCGUAAUGUCACAUUUGGUACAAUACAAAAUCAACGAAAUAAUUUACAAAGAGAAAUUCAAAGAAAACGAACUGAUAAUCAUUUAUUAGAACAGACUAUGCUUACAUUUGUUGAUCAAUUAAGUAAAACACCGAAUGAUGCGAGAAAAAGUUCGAAAACCACAUAUGCAUUGAAAGAAUAUCUUAAAGAAAGCAUUAUCCGACCUUGUGUUGAAAACGCAUGUGAACGUGAAAUGGAUAAAAAUGAUGAACAAAUGAUGAACAAAUUUACAAAAGCAUCGAUAUAUAUACAAGAACAACAACAGAAGAAAUUGAAAAGAACAUAA